AUGGAUCAACUCAAGAAAGACUAUCCGUGGACCAAGGCCCCGCUCGUGUCAUGCGGCCCCAUGCGCCUGAUAGCUCUGGCUUCACUUGCCGCGGAAAUCUCACGAGCAGGCGGAUUGGGCUUUGUCGGCGCUGGAAGUGAUGUUUCCACGCUGGACUCCAUCUUGACUGAAGUCAAGCAAAUGCAAUCCACUGCUCAGGUCUUGAAGGAUGUAAAGGACGUGCUGCCAGUCGGGGUGGGAUUCUUGCUAUGGGCCGGUGAGAAGCUCUUGAAUGAGGCCUUACCUUUGCUGGAGAAAUACAAGCCAGCCGCCGUAUGGCUAUUUGCCCCCAGCGAGACGCAGCAGUUUGUACAGUGGACGGAAGAAGUGAGGCGAGUCACAGAUGGYAAGACGAAGAUCUGGAUCCAGAUUGGAACUGUAGCAGAGGCUCUCGAAGUUACUCAAACGUGCCAGCCGGAUGUGUUGGUCGUUCAAGGACAAGACGCUGGCGGGCAUGGACUGGAGAAGGCGGCCGGACUGGUGCCAUUGCUCCCAGAGGUCGAUGAUGAGCUCUCUGCAUUGUGCUCUACGAAGAACCUUCGCAAGCCAGUUCUCAUUGCAGGCGGAGGCAUCAUGGAUGGUCGCGGUGCCGCUGCAGCUAUCGCGCUGGGCGCUGCUGGCGUUACAAUGGGYACUCGCUACCUGGCCGCCCCAGAAGCGAACAUCGCAAAGGGAUACAGAGACGCUGUUUUACAUGCCUCUGAUGGUGGCGUCUGGACUAAACGUGUGAAGCUCUACGAUACACUUAGAGGUACAAGAGACUGGCCGGAGCGAUACGGCGGACGAGGUGUGCUGAACGAGAGCUUCUUCGAUGCAGAGAAGGGCAUGAGUGCUGAGGAGAACCAGAAACUCUACGAUGAAGCCAUGAAGAAAGGAGACGAAGGUUGGGGCGAAAAGGCUCGACUGGCCACGUAUGCCGGCGCAGGCGUCGGACUGAUGAAGAAUGUCAAGUCUGCUGCGCGCAUCACGGAUGAGGUCCGCGAGGAUGCGAAGCGUAUCCUGAAACAGGCCAGUACCAUUGCACAACUCGAGUAG